GUCUGGGGUGACUAGAUGUCCUUCUUUUCCAAUAGAUGCCAUACUGUUCAACCUUCUGUGCAGUCUCGCGAGAGCUCCCUCUCUCCGACUUCCGGCUGGGCGGAAGUGCGGCCUCUUUCCCGUGGCGGAUCCGAAGCGAUCGGGCGCGUCGCUGCCAUGAAGCUGAACAUCUCCUUCCCGGCCACUGGCUGCCAGAAGCUCAUUGAAGUGGACGAUGAGCGCAAGCUCCGCACCUUCUAUGAGAAGCGGAUGACGGCGGAGGUCUCCGCGGAUGCUCUGGGCGAGGAGUGGAAGGGAUAUGUUGUCCGCAUCAGUGGUGGCAAUGACAAGCAAGGCUUCCCCAUGAAGCAAGGGGUCCUGACUCAUGGACGUGUCCGCCUGCUACUCAGUAAGGGUCACUCGUGCUAUCGUCCCAGGAGAACCGGAGAACGGAAACGCAAAUCUGUUCGCGGUUGCAUUGUUGAUGCUAACUUAAGUGUCUUGAAUCUGGUCAUUGUAAAGAAAGGUGAGAAAGAUAUUCCAGGGCUGACUGACACCACUGUGCCUCGUCGACUUGGUCCCAAGAGGGCUAGCAAAAUCCGAAAGCUGUUUAAUCUCUCUAAAGAAGAUGAUGUUCGUCAAUAUGUUGUAAGAAAACCAUUGAACAAGGAAGGCAAGAAGCCCAGGACCAAAGCACCUAAGAUCCAGCGUUUGGUAACUCCCAGAGUUCUGCAGCAUAAACGCAGGCGUAUUGCUCUAAAAAAGCAACGUACUCAGAAGAAUAAGGAAGAAGCUGCAGAAUAUGCCAAGCUUCUGGCCAAGAGAAUGAAGGAGGCAAAGGAAAAACGUCAAGAACAAAUAGCCAAGAGACGUAGACUUUCUUCGUUGAGAGCCUCCACAUCUAAAUCUGAAUCAAGCCAGAAGUAAACAGUGAACUGUGUUCAUAAAAAACUUGAAAUAAAAUUUAAAGUUAACAUA